UAGCAAUCUAAUUCACCUUCAGCAUAACAAAUUAUUCCUUUGAGAAAUGGCUAGUUUUACUAAGUUGGCAUGGGUGGUUCUGGUGUGCAUGGUUGUGAUGGGUGCACACAACACUGUCCAAGGCAUCACAUGUGGGCAAGUUCAGGGUAACCUAGCACCGUGCCUAGGGUUUCUCCAUAAUGGUGGGGCUGUUACCAGAGGAUGCUGCAACGGGGUCAGGAGUAUUGUGAGCAAUGCUAGGACCACUGCUGAUCGCCGUGGUGUGUGCAACUGCUUGAUGGUUGCUGCUGGUGCUGUUCGUAGGUUCAACACUUACAAUGCUCAGGCUCUCCCCGGGAAAUGUGGGGUCUACAUACCCUACAAAAUCAGCACCUCCACCAACUGUAACAGCAUCAGGUGAAGGACAAAAAGAUUUGGAUAGAUUUGGCCGCGAUGAACUAUGCAUAUGGUACUACGUAUACGUGCUAGGAAAGAGAAAUAAAGGAAGAUGAGGGUCUCCGUUUAUACAAGCUAGUUUUGUUUUGUGCAUUAACACCCUGCGAAGUUUAUACACUUCCAGUGGUUUUAACUAUGUGAUAAUUUUAAACUAAAUAAAAGAGUUUGUUGAUGAAUUAACUCAUUA